CAUGCUGUCCUCUCGAUGCUCCACAGCCUCUAUGUUACUCCCAUUACUUUUCCCCAUUUUUCUUUUCCUUUUCAUCAUUCACCUCGAGGGAAAUCAUCUUUCCUUCGAGUUUCCUAAUUUCUCCCUUUCCAGCAUAAAGGGCAUCACAACACAACUACAACCCCAUGGUCAGUAUCUGGCUAACUCUGCAUAUAGAAGCCUUGAGCAUAGAAUUAAGAAAAGGACUAGCUUUGAUGUAGUUGAAGAAGGUUUGGCAAAGGCUCGAGCCUCGAUCCGGGAAGCAAUUCUGUCUAGGAACCACAGCAAUUCAGGGAAGCAAGAAGACUUUAUCCCAAAAGGAUCCAUUUAUAGAAACCCUCAUGCUUUUCACCAGAGCCACAUAGAGAUGGUGAAGAGAUUCAAGGUGUGGGUGUACGAGGAAGGAGACCAACCAUUAGUGCAUUAUGGGCCAGUAAAUGAUAUAUACGCCAUUGAGGGUCAAUUCAUUGAUGAAAUGGACAAUAGCAAGAGGAGCCCCUUCAAGGCCAAGAACCCUGAUGAGGCACACGCUUUUUUCCUUCCCUUUAGCGUGGUUAAUGUAGUUCAUUAUGUUUACAAACCUUACAUGUCCCAAAAUGAUUAUCGCCGUGACCGUCUGCAACGGUUGGUGGAGGAUUAUAUUGUAGUGGUGGCUGAUAAGUAUCCUUAUUGGAACAGAAGCAAUGGUGCAGAUCAUUUUCUCCUUUCCUGUCACGAUUGGGCACCAGAAAUCUCACAUGCUAAUCCAGACCUCUUCAAGAACUUCAUAAGAGUUUUAUGCAAUGCCAACAAUUCAGAAGGAUUCCAGCCCAAGAGGGACGUGUCUAUCCCUGAAGUGUACUUGUCCGUUGGAAAGCUAGGCCCACCAAAUCUGGGCCAACACCCAAUGAACCGCACCAUAUUAGCAUUUUUCUCUGGUGGGGCCCAUGGUGACAUUAGGAAGUUGCUUCUUAAGCACUGGAAGGACAAAGAUAACCAAGUUCAAGUUCAUGAGUACCUUCCAAAGGGCCAAAACUAUACUGAAUUAAUGGGCCUAAGCAAGUUCUGCUUGUGCCCUAGUGGGUAUGAAGUGGCUAGUCCUAGAGUUGUGGAAGCAAUUAAUGCUGUGUGUGUUCCUGUGAUCAUUUCUGAGAACUAUUCUUUGCCCUUCAGUGAUGUGCUUAAUUGGAGCCAAUUCUCCAUACAAAUUUCAGUGGAGAAUAUUCCAGACAUCAAGACUAUAUUACAAAAUGUUACACAAAAAAAGUACAAGAAAUUGUAUAGGAAUGUGAGGAGAGUUCGGAGGCAUUUUGUGAUGCACAGACCGGCUAAGCCAUUUGAUUUGAUGCACAUGAUAAUUCACUCAAUUUGGCUCAGAAGACUCAACUUCAGGCUCAUGGCUUCACAUUAAAGGAUUGUUUCUGCAUACAAAGGUCCUACUUGAUUUUCCACCUUUAGGCCCGUUUGGAUACAACUCUUAAGAGGUUAUAUAGACUAUUUUUGUUCAAGUAACUUGAGUAACUAUUUUUGGUUGAUCUGGGCUAUGUUCUCAGCUAAAACGAGACGUAGUUGUUCAAGAUUUUCCAUGUAACUGUCCUGUAAACAUUAUAGAUUCAGUUGGAAUUAGCAUUUUAGAUAGACAAAGCAAUGAUGAUUAAGUUUAUGAUUGUAUGUUAAUCAUGGGCCCAAAGUUCCAAUGUAAGGAAUAGUAAGGAUU